AUGGCCAAAUCUGUUACCAAGAAAGAGCAAUCGAAAGUUUCUAAAAAAGACUUAAAAAAGAAACAAGAGGAAAAGAAAGAUGUUUCUUCCUCUUCUUCUAGUGAAGAUGAAUCCUCGUCCUCCGACUCCAGUUCUAGUUCCAGUGACAACGAGUCUUCUGACUCUGAUUCCAGCUCUGAUUCUAGCGACGAUGAGUCUUCUAGUGAAGAACAAGAAAAGAAGGAAGAAAAAAAGGGAAAGAAGGAAGAUGCUAAAAAAACUAGCAAUAAGGAAAAAUCUGAUGCUUCCUCUUCUUCCUCUGAAUCUUCUUCAGAUUCAGAUGACUCUUCUUCUUCUUCUUCUUCCGAUUCUGAUGAAUCCUCUUCUUCUGAAUCCAGUGACGAUGCAGAAAAGGAGGAAAAAACUUCCUCUAAAAAGCGUAAAUCUGAAGAAACUGCCGAAGAAACUGCUGAAGAGGAAUCAGAAACCAAAAAACCUAAAUUGAGUGGUGAACCUGCUACUAUUUUUGUUGGUAGAUUAUCUUGGAAUAUUGAUGGUGAAUGGUUAAAGUCUGAGUUUGAACACAUUGGCGGUGUGGUUGAUGCUAGGGUCAUUUAUGAAAGAGGUACCGAUAGAUCUCGUGGUUACGGUUAUGUUGAUUUUGAAGACAUGUCAUAUGCUGAAAAAGCCAUUAAGGAAAUGCAAGACAAGGAAAUUGAUGGUAGAGCGAUCAACUGUGAUAUGUCCACCUCUAAACCAAAAACCAACAACGGCGGCGAUCGUGCCAAGAAAUUCGGUGAUGUUCCAAGUGAACCAAGUGAUACUUUAUUCUUGGGUAACUUGUCAUUUGAUGCCGAUAGAGAUGAACUAUUUGAGAUUUUCGGAAAGCAUGGUGAUAUUAUAUCAGUUCGUUUACCAACUAAUCCAGAGACCAACCAACCAAAGGGUUUUGGUUAUGUUCAAUAUGGUUCCAUUGAUGAUGCUAAAAAGGCAUUAGAAGUUUUACAAGGUGAGUACAUUAACAACAGACCAGUUAGAUUGGACUACUCUACACCAAGACCAAAUAAUGACAGGGGUAACUUUAGAGGUGGUAGAAAUAAUGACAGAGGUAAUUUCAGAGGUGGUAGAAAUAAUGACAGAGGUAGUUUCAGAGGUGGUAGAAAUAACGACAGAGGUAAUUUCAGAGGUGGUAACUCUGGGAAAGGCGCUAACAAUAUUCCAUUAGGUAAGCCUAGACAAACUGCUGAAUUUAAAGGCCAAAAGAAAACUUUUGAUUAA